AUGUCGAAGAAUACAAUAAUUAUCUGUACUGUUGUUAUUAUUUUCUAUAUUAUUUUCUUAUGUCACUGUGAUACACCACAAAGUUAUGGAGAGUUUAUAUUGAAAAUAACUGAUUUGGAAGUAUGUAAGGGCCCAAAACGAAAGGACUGUAUCAACAUGACUGCAAGAUUAGAGAACGGCACGAACCUUUUAAUAGAUGCUCAACUUAAGGAGAACGUUAUACCAACCCGGGGUAAAGUCGAGGCAAUGAUGAACAAUAAGCCGUUAUUAAGACUGCAGAUGAAGAAACCUUGCGAUCAUCUCUUUAUGAAACCUCUCUUCCAACAAAUAUAUAAUGUCAGCCAAAACUGCGAAUUCAAAAAGGGUGAUUACAAUUUGAAAGUCGACAUUGAAGACGUUGCAAAGAAAUAUUAUAGUGGCAUGUUUAUAUACGGAAAGUAUACCUUCAAAUCAGUAUUCUACAAUGACGAAUGCAACUUUUCUUGUGUUAUUUUAGCAGUUACAUUUUCUCCGAAGAACAAGGCUAAAUAACUGUGGGUUUGGAGUCUGGAAAAUUAUUUUUGAGAGAUAGUUUGUUUGAUGUUUUGUAGCAUUAAUAAAACCAUUUUCAAAAUAAAUUACUAUUUUAAUAGGUACCUUAUCAAUCUUAUAAAGUGAUUUUAUAUAAAAUAUACAUGUACAUUGGAAUUUUUCUGGUACAUCAAUAAAUUUAUUUAUUUCACUUAUCGUCUGUAAAAUUCUAAUAGUGCGUAAGUCAUUUUUCGCGGAUUUUAACAUUUGCCAUUCGAUGAAAAAUUACCUGCUUUCAUUUGACCAAUCAGAAUCAAAUAAUGAACGUCUUUUAUUUCGUCAAAAAAUUCAUUUAAAAUCCCUUUUCAAAAUAUUAUU